CUCCCUCCCUCUCUCUCUCUUCUUCUAGGACGCAUGUUGUCAAUGUUUCUUGUCGGAGAGAGAGAGAGAGAGAGAGAGAAUAGGAAUUGCAGGGAUCUGCAUUCUGCACACAUUCCCAUUUGCAGACAAAUUGAGUAGGAAAUGGGGAAGAAAGGGAGCUGGAUUUCUGCAGUGAAGAAGGCUCUCAGUCCUGAAUGCAAGGGGAAGAAAGACAAGCAGAAAAGCCACAAAUCGAAGAGCAAGUGGUUCGGGAAACACAAGAGCCCGAAUUCGGGCUCUCCACCUGCCACUCCUACCCAGGAGGUGAAAUUAGCGAAAGCCGAAAAUGAGCAGAACAAACAUGCUUGUUCUGCUGCCCUUGCCACGGCCAUGGCGGCAGAGGCGGCCGUUGCAGCCGCGCAGGCUGCGGCAGAGGUUGUUCGGCUCAGAGCUGCGGUCCAUUACUCGGGUAAAUCGAAGGAGGAAGUUGCUGCAACUAAGAUUCAGACAGCAUUCCGGGGAUACUUGGCAAGGAGGGCAUUGCGAACCUUGAGAGGGCUAGCUAGGUUGAAGUCUCUUAUACACGGUCCGUCUGUCAAACGUCAAGCCACAACCACAUUACGGUGCAUGCAGACUAUGGCUAGGGUCCAGUCUCAGAUUCGGGCAAGGAGAAUCCGAAUGUCUGAGGAGAAUGAAACUCUGCAGAGACAGCUCCAACAGAAAUGCGAGAAAGAGCUUGAGAAAUUUCGAGCUUCUGUGGAAGACGAUUGGAAUGCCAGUGUUCGAUCUAAGGAGCAGAUUGAAGCAAACUUACAGAACAAGCAGGAGGCUGCUAUGAGAAGGGAAAGGGCUUUGGCUUAUGCGUACUCCCACCGGCAAGUGUUGAAGAGCUCUUCAAAAUCUGCAAACCACAAAACAUUCAUGGAUCCAAGCUAUCCUCACUGGGGAUGGAGUUGGCUAGAGCGUUGGAUGGCAUCCCGGCCUUGGCAAAACGAAAACGCCCGCGAAAGAGAACUGUACAGCGAUCACGCCUCCAUAAAAAGGGCAACAGCCCAAGCCUUUCCUGUCAGAGAACUCGGCAAAUCUCGCUCUCAUCGCGAUCUCAACCGCAAAAACAUCCCUUCUCCUACUGCAUUAACUCCUAGCCGCCAAUCGCCUUCUACCAAUGCUUCCAGAGCGCCAUCAGUAAGUUCCAAGGGUGGUGGCCGCAGUGGUGGUGGUGAAGACUCUCGGAGCAUGCUUAGUUUUCAGUCGGAGUGGUACCACCGGAGGCACAGCAUUGCCGGGUCGUCAGCGAGAGAUGAUGAAAGCCUAGCAAGCUCUCCUUCAGUUCCGAGAUACAUGGGACCCACAGAGUCAGCGAAAGCCAAGACUCGGCCCUACCGGAUUCCAAGCCCACUGGGGAAUGGAACACCGGAGAAGGGAUCAGCAGGUUCUGCUAAGAAGCGGCUCUCAUUUUCCUCCUCACCGGCUGGAAUAAGGAGGCACUCUGGCCCACCCAAGCUGGAUAUCAGCGUUCACUCAGAAAAGAAACCAAGCAACGGAGGGGGACGGUAAGAGUACUGGAUUUCGGGUUCCAACAUUAUCAGUCGGAGAAAUCUUAGCUGCCUGUUGGAGAAUUCAACGGUUCGGAUGAAGGAAAGUCUGUUACACAAAUGAAGCCACUCAAUUUUGGGUACAUGACUGGGAUUUCUCUAACAUCUCUGUUGGAGUUGGAACUCCGAAUUUAGUGAACCCACAUUCGACAGGAAGGGGGCAACGUAACGGAAAUUCGAUAUUAGAUUGGAGUGUAAACGAAGAGUGAAUAAAAAGAGGUUAACACUCUGGAAAUUUUCUCUUCUUCAACAACUGCUGUUGUUUGUCGUACUUGUUCUUCGUUUAAUCGUCGAUUGUUUCCAUCGAAGUUUAUGGAAACACUCAACUGUUUGAUUUUGUUUUGGGCAUUGCAUCUUUGUGUUGUAUUCUUUUACAGUCUUCAUUGCGUUAAGCUUGUACUAUUUAAACAAGACCCUGUGCUGGCCUGUGACCUUCUUUGACUAAUAAAUCAGUGUGCUGCCACUUCAGUGGA